AUGAGACUUACAGAAGGAGAUAGCUUACCUGAAAAUGAGAAAUUAAAGUUUUUUGCAAAAUGGCUAAUCAAAAUUGGAGACGGGUUGGCUAGUGAUUCAACUGACGGUGAAUCUGAGGUCAUUAUUCCUGAAGAAAUACUCAUUGAUGAUAACACCAGUGAUUUUGAAAAACUGGUAAGCUUUGUUUAUCCGGACUUAUUGCUUAAUAUCAACAAUUCUAUAUAUUUCAAGGAGCGCACAAUUCUCGCUCCAACACUUGAGGUUGUGCAUGAUGUAAACAAUACAAUGAUGGGUUAUCUUGCUAGAGAACAAAAGGUUUAUAUUAGUUCCGACUCAUUAUGCAUUGAAGAAGGAAACAUGGAAUCUGAAUUGAAUACCAUCACCACUGAUGUUUUGAACUCAAUUAAUUGUUCUGAAUUGCCUACCCACCAGUUGAAACUCAAAGUAGGUGUACCUGUUAUGCUAUUACGAAACAUUGAUCAAUCUAAGGGUUUUUGCAAUGGAACUAGAUUGCAAUUAGUUGAUAAAAGUCCAGCUAGCAACAUGGUAGUGCCAGGCCAUGCAUGUCGAGUUCAGUUUGGCGGCAGUGAUUACCAAAUCGGGCUACACGUUGCAAGAGUGACGAUGGAAGGAUUGACUUGGUCUCUUAGUUGGGCGGUGGCGGAGCCGGCAAUUGCGCUUGAAGAUGCGUGGCGAUGA